AAUGACUUUGUUUUUAUGUUGUUGUACCGUUAGUUUUUGUGCUUGUCUCGUUUGGAUGAAAAUCGAAAAUUCUUGGAUUUUUAUUAAAAAAGAAAUAUAAAAAGUCUUAAAUGUUGUGAAUGUGUUUCAUAUUAACUGGGAAAUCGUGUAUAUUUUGAAAGAUCAUCGAUAAAAAACGUCAAUAUGGAAAUGGAUACAUUAAACUUUCAGGGCGCGUCUUAUCAAGAAACCAACAACAACAAUACCGAUUUAGAAAAUCUGAACUUAGAUGAUUGUGACUUUGCGUUACUCUCUGAUAUUUGUCCGGAGAAAAGCUACGACUUUGUCAAUCUGGAAAGCAAUGUAGAGUAUAUUUUGGAACAUGUCACCGAUAGCUUCUUCCGUGAAUGUUUCAGUUUCGAUAAAGUGCUGGUGCGCUGUUUAUUGAUGGAUUUGCAUCGUCGUACCUUUUAUCCUUAUUAUGAUCCAUACGAGAAUAUAAAAGGUUCCCUAUCAUUUGACAUGAGUGUGCUGGCCACACUGAGUUAUUUGGUAAAAGGAGAUCUAAGCAUGUUAGAUCAGUUGCCCGAAUUCGAUGGUUAUACUCGUGAGACCAUAGCUCGGUCAAUAGUAAAAACCUGUGAAAUAUUUGUGCAUUUUCUAACUCCGGAUUAUAUAACAUUUCCCAGCUCAAUGGAUGAACAACAUGUAAAUAAGGUGGAAUUUUUGGGAAAAUUUGGUGUACCAGGUGUUGUUGGUGUUUUGGAUUGUUAUUACAUACCAUUGCAAAAUGUUCCUGAAGAUGAAAUGAAAAUGUACCUACAUCGAAACAUACGAGUUCCAACGGUGGCCGUGCAAUUGAUAUGUGACCAAAAUUACCGAAUUCUCGAUAUAAAUUCAAGAUUUUCUGGUCGUACACACGGUUCGUACAUUUGGCGACACAGUCAUAUCAACAGCAUUAUGAAGCACUCCCAAAAACGUAAUCCAAAAACAUGGUUAAUUGCUGAUCGUGGUUAUCACUUGACAUCUGGCCUCAUUAAUCCGUAUCGUAAUAGCACUGAUCCGUUACAAAGUUCGUUUAAUGUGGCCUUAAAUGAAAUACAAAAAGUAAAUUUGAAAACAUUUGAAAUACUUAGAUCGAGAUUUAGAUGUUUGAAUACAGUACUUCCAUUUGAGCACUGCCAGGCCAGUAAUGUAAUUACCACAUGUGCCACUUUGCACAAUUAUCUAUUGGCCAAAUUACAAACAAUUGAUGAUGAUUUAUUGUAUCAAUUACCCAAAGUAAACAUUUUACCAAAUGCCCACCAAGAAGAUGCCUUCUCGGAAACAGCUGUUCAAAAUCGCGAAUUUAUAAAAGGCUUCAUGUUCAAUAAUUCCAUGCAAGUUCUAUAUCAGAUGCGUAAAAACUCAAAUAUAAGUUUUGUUAGUAGUAAAGAUGACAUUGGAAGCAUGGUUUGAAUGAUUUAAUGAUUUAUUUAAUUUGAUUCUUGUCUGAAUUUUACUGUUUUACCUUAUCUAAAUAUUAUUACAUUUCGUGUUAUUUAUUACUUGCAUUUUUUAUGUUUUCUUUUUGUAUUAAUGUUAUUUUUUUGUGUGACGUUUGAACUUUGUUACGUUGAAUAUUAAAGUGAAGUAUUUUAGUUUAUUUUUUAACUUUAUAUGAAAAAAGUAAUCGUUUACUUUCAAAAUAACAUCUCAAAUACAACACUGUUGUAG